ACGUGGCCUCGGGCACGCGCCCCCUGGCGCGCGACGGUGUGCGGCGGCUGCAAGGAUGGCGGCCGCGGUGCGGGAGCGCGGGGAGCCGGGGGAGCCGGGUCGCAGAGCCCUGUACUUCUGCGGGAGCAUCCGCGGCGGACGCGAGGACCGGGCGCUGUACGGAAGGAUCGUGUCACGGCUGCGGCGCUUCGGGGUGGUGCUCACUGAGCACGUGGCGGCCGCCGAGCUGGGCGCGCUCGGGGAAGAGACUCCUGAGAGUGACAGGCUCAUCCAUGAGCAGGACUUGGCCUGGCUGCAGCAGGCAGAUGUGGUCGUGGCAGAAGUGACCCAGCCAUCCUUGGGUGUAGGCUAUGAGCUGGGCCGGGCUGUGGCCCUCAAUAAGCAAAUCCUGUGUCUGUUUCGCCCGCAGUCUGGUCGAGUGCUUUCAGCCAUGAUCCGGGGAGCAGCAGAUGGCUCAAGGUUCCAGGUGUGGAACUACGAAGAAGGGGAGGUGGAGGUCAUGCUGGAUCGAUACUUUGAGACUUAUCCUCCUGAGCAAACACCUACCUCCCCUGGCCCAACCACUUGACCUAAUCCCACUGAAUAAAAUUCUUAUUUUUCCAAUCCCA